AUGAUUGCCAAAAACCCAGUUCCACGGCGUGUCGCCAUCAUACGCAACUACAAACUCAACGGGCCAUGGGGUCAGGAGAUGCUCGAUUCGUUUACCGAUUUGAUUCAUGCCGCUGACAGGGAUGCUCUCGUGGAACAUUUCCAACCCAUCGACGGCGGCGAAUUGCCAGAUUCCUCCAAGUUCGACUUGGUGAUCUUGACCGGUGGCACGUACGACCUCACACAGCCAAACAUUGAGGUUUGGGUGGCACAACUACUGGACUGGGUGAGAGACGUGGUCGCGAAUCACCCCGACACAAAACUUCUCGGUAUAUGUUGGGGCCACCAGGCCAUAUCGCACGCACUCGGAGGCAAGAUAGCCUACAGACAAGGGGGAACAUUGGUGGACGUGGUAGACAUUCCUCUUACUGAGACUGGUCGCAAGUUCUUUACGGAUCUCAAUUCAUUGCGACUUCACAAAUUCCACAAACGUAUUGUCGCCGAACCACCUCCGGGUUUCAAACAUCUAGCAGAGAAUCACGAGAUAUUUAUAUCAGAGUCUGAUCAGGUCAUGACGUUCCAAGGUCACCCUGAGAUGACGGCGAAAAUUGCCCAAGGUAUCAUCAGUGGACGAGAUGCGUCGUACUUCCCAGACCCGACUCCAGAAGGAAUUGCACAACUCAAUCACAAUCUAGAAAAGGACGAGGACGGAAAGAAGGCAUUUUCGAGAGUCAUGUCGUGGGCUUUUGACGUGACAAGCUGA